AACUCUAAAUACUUUUUCAGCUGGAAGAUCCGCGAUCGCACAAAUGCCUGCCUCACAUGACCGAGUUCUUUCCACAUCCGGAAAACUGCAACUACUUCUACUACUGCAUCAAGGGCUUCCUCACGCUCCAGCAGUGCCCCUUCUAUUACGGCUGGGACAUCGAGCGCCGGAGUUGUGUGCAGAUAAGUGUGGCGAAAUGCUACGGAAACUCCCGACGAGUGUAGGAAACUCCCACCUCCCGAAAAUCACUCAUUAUAUCUGGGUGGAGUUGUCUACCUACCCUUAGCCGAUAAGAGCUCUAUUUAUUGACAAGUUACAAGAUUGUGGCAACAUGAGACGUUUAAUUAAAUAUAACUUAUUAGGAAAGAAA